CGCUGCUCGGGGCGGGCUCAGCCCCUUCCCGAGGCUGCCGGGAGCUGCAGUUCCUGCCGUUCUUGCCGUUCCCGUGUCCCCCUGUCCCCGUGUCCCGGUGUCCUGCCCGCCAUGGCCGCCCCGUGAGAUGAUCCCUCCCCUCUGUGUGACUUCAGGAGCGUGACGUGUGCCGGAGUCGGUGUCACCCCGUGGUUGAGAUGGUGGCAUUCAACUGGCAGGCUCUGGAGAACUUCCCAUUGCUGAUGUACAUUUUGGCAGCUAAAACAUUGAUCCUUUGCUUGGCAUUUGCUGGGGUGAAAAUGUACCAGAGCAAAAAAAUUGAGGAAAAACUGAAGAGGGAACGGGAAGAGAAGCUGAAAAGAGAAGCAGAGAAGAAGGAGGAUUGAAGAGUCCCUCAGAAUUCCUGACACUUGGCAGCUCGUGCUGGAUUCCUUUCCCAGGAGGGUGAAGCCUUCCUGCAGAUGAAGGAUGUGUCAGAGGAAUAAAACCCUGGAGAGAAACAUCCACUUCAACUGGAUCUCCAUUUUCCCCAUGGACAGAGAAGGAUUUCAGCUUCUAUUUGUGCAAUAAAAAACCCCUUUGUUAAAAAAAAAUAAA